UGACCGCGGUCGCGCGCAAUUUUGUCUUGGAGCUUUUUUUUAUUUUGAAUCUGGUCUCGCGGAAAACAAAAAUUUGUCCACAAAGUUUUGUCACAAAUCUAACCGAUCUUCGCAAUGGAACCGGACGAGUUAGAAUUCAUUGGCGAAAACGCCACCAUCGGAGUAAUACCCAGCUUUAACCACGAUCCUAUCUAUCUUAUUUCGGGAGCCAUUGGACCGUUUCGAGGAGGCCAUCCGUUGCAUGUUCCCCUGUGGUUUGCAAUCCAUCUGAGGCAACAGCAAAAGUGUCGAAUCGUACCACCGGAGUGGAUGGACGUCCAAUUGCUCGAAGACAUGAAGGAGGAGGAGAAACGAUCCAGACAUUUUACCCGGAUGCCCAGCGAACACUACAUGGUGGAAGCUAAAUUGGUCCUCAACACAGCACCGGAAGACGUGCCGCAGUCGGAUGAGAUAAAAACGCUCAUCAAAGACAUUUGGGAUAUCCGGUGUGCGAAGCUUAGGACCACGACCGACAUUUUCCUGAAGGGUGAAGGCGAAGCGGUUAAACUGGACAACGUAACCAUGGUUGAAUUGCAUACCAUUCGGCCAUUCCUUCCGCAUUCCAUGGACCUACUGUGGCGGAUUCAGCAAUCCAGGCGAGGUCCUCGGGGUAAUGUUUCAAUCCAAAACCAGUCGCUGAUGAUGAGCAGUAUGAGUGCUUCGAAUUCCCGAAACUCACAGGGAAUGAAUUCCUCGUCUCGGUAAUACUAGAUAUUAGUGUUUUAAU